AUGGGAGAUGAGGACGUUAUUCGCAGAAGGCUUCUCAUAGAUGGAGAUGGAACUGGUGAUGACAGAAGGUUAAAUGUGCUUCUGAAAACGCUAAUAAAAUGGUGUAACAGUACGGACGAGAAAGCCGAAGAGAGCAAAUCAACUCACGAUAGAAUGUUAGCCCAACUAGCACAAUGUGAGUUUGCAGUGACUAAAUCUCAGUUGGGUUCUGAAAUGAUGUCAGCAGAAUUAAAAAGUUAUGAAGAUUUGUCAAAAAUAUUGGAAAAUGGUAUAGAAAUAGCCAAAGGUAACAUUGAAAAAAGCAAAUUGGAUUUAGCUCAAGCAAAAACCGUUAGGAAGAACCGAAUUGAGUAUGACGUCUUAGCUAAGGUAAUAAGUGAACAACCUGACAGAAAAGAGACUUUAGAAAGGCUUAGUACUUUGAAAACAGAGCUUGCUAGUCUGGAAUCUUCUAAACAGCAGCUGGAGAGCCGAUUGGCUUUGAGAAAGAAGCAGUUUCAUGUAUUGGUUACUUCCAUACACCAGUUGCAAGCAUUAUUAGAUGAACCUGAUGAUACAGAAUCAGUUUCUGACGAUGUUGAAAUGAGGGAGGGACAAGUUACCGGAACGUUCCCGAACGUCAUACGAGUGGUAUCUGCUGUGAAUGUCACUAGAUGGCGCUCAUCGGUUCUUGUGCUAGCAACAUCUACAUCAACCAGUUCAACUGCUUUGCAAUCAGAAAUUCAGUUGACUUCAUUUUCUGUAGAGGAAAAUAAUACUGUAGAGGGAAAUAAUGAAAAUUUAGAAAUCACUUAUAGAGAAGGCACUAAACCCAUUAACGCUGCCAGGAAUAAAUUUGUGAAACUAAAUGCACAAUUAAAGGUCAAACUUUUAAAGUUGAGGGAAAAAUGCAAGAAUCUUAACCAAAAAGUUCGACAAGCUGCAAAAAUAUCUGAAAGUAAAGCCUUUUUAAAAGCUGUUGAAAAAUUGCCCGAACCUGCUGCCAUUUUUACCAAUAUGCAACUAAAAAAGGCAUAUAUCACACCAAGAGGCCGAAGAUUUACAAACCAAGAAAAAAUUUUGUGCCUGACAAUAUAUAAGCAAAGUCAAAAGGGCUAUAAAUUAUUACAAAGAUUGUUUGCAUUGCCUUCAAUACGGACAAUCCAGAAAAUCCUGAGCAAAGUAACCAUUAAGCCUGGAAUAAAUGAUGUUGUUAUGGAACAUCUGAAAAAAGCUAAAACCGAAAAGAUUGCUGACCAUGCACUCGUGUUUAUGAUUAAGAGUCUGAAAGGCAAAUACAAGCAACCCAUUUCUUUUACAUUUUGCCAGAGUGCUACUAAAAGUACACAAUUAAAGAAACUUAUUCAAGAUAUACUAAAAGCUGUACAAAGCACCGGCUUAAAGGUCAUUGCCACUGUGUGUGAUCAAUCUUCCACAAAUAUGAGUGUCAUAAAAAGCCUAAUAAAUGACACGAAAAGGAAAUAUUUAUUGGAAGGCAAGGAGUUCAAAAGUUUAUCCUUUGAAUAUAAUGGAAGUAAAAUAUUCCCAGUAUUUGACCCACCACACCUCCUUAAAGGAUUAAGAAAUAAUCUUCUCACAAAAAAUUUGAGAUUUAUUCAGAAUGGUGUCGUUAAAUUUGAUAAAUGGGAGCAUUUGCAAAUGCUGCUGGAUGCUGAUCCUGGAGAAGACGACAUUAGACUAGUAAAUAAAUUGACCGAGAGUCAUGUUGUUCCAGAAAAAAUACCCAAAAUGAAAGUAAAACAUGCAGCCCAAGUGUUCAGUCAGAGGGUAUCCGCUACAAUGAGAUAUUUAGCAAAUCAUGACAUCCUUCCUAAGGAAUGCAUUUGCACAGCAGAUUUAUUGUUAUUGGUGGACAAGCUGUUCGACUCUUUCAAUGGAUUCAGUUAUGAAAGUAGUCAUAAAACAUACAAGUGCGCACUAAGGAGAAACUCGGCCCAUUUCAAGUUAUGGGAAGAAUUACUACCAAUCAUCAGGUCAAUGCAAUUUAGAGUGGAAAAAAAAUUAAGAGAUGGCACAACUUCGAUAAAAUUUGAACAAGUGCCAUCAAUACAAAAUUGGAUUUCUAACAUCAAUGUUUUUAAAGAAAUGUUUUCAUAUCUAAACAAUAUACACAAUAUAACUAGUCUGUUGACAAGAAACAUAAACCAGGAUCCAUUAGAAAAUUUCUUCUGCAAUAUAUGA